UAUGUACAAACUUUUUGCAUUUGGCAUAUCAGUGGGUGACGUGUUUAUUUAUUUAUUAUGACGUUUAAACAAAAAACUCAAACAGACCCACUCUCAGUUUAGGCAUAUAUAAGGAACACCGUUAAAAAAUUUGUUGAUCAUUGUAUAAAAGUUUACCAUAACAAAGUAAUGCUCUUUUUGUGUUUACAAAGUUCAAAAAUAAGUGAACGUCCUGACGGAAAACACAUUCAACGUCAUCAUGGACUUGAGUUCCGAAGAAGAAGAAAUUAGAAAAUUAGAAGAAAAUUUGAAACAGAAAAAAGAACAUAGAAGACUAAGAAAACAAUUAGAAAAGAUGAAUACUUCGCAAUCUGAAGGGAAUAUAUGUUCCUCAAAAAAGCCCGCAGAUCCAAUACAAACAGAAGAUACUCCAAACAAUCAAGCUUUCGCAAUUCGGAAUAAUCAGCAAAUUAAAGAAAGUACCACAGAAAAUACACAUCAAACCAAGCGGAUUCGUAAAGAAACGGAUGGAAAAGUAAAUCAAGAUUUUUCGAAAGAGACUUUCGAAAAACGAGGAGGAACUACCGAUAAGGGUAAAAAAUACGGAGAUUUGGUUACCGCUAACGUCGCGCUACAGUUGGUAAGCGACAGUAAAAUAAGAGAUUUCCGCAUUUCUUCGAACGAUAAAAAUUUUGGUGAUUUUGAUGACGUGGUUAUUGAAAUUUGGACAGAUAGGGGGAUAAACAGAAAAGCACUGCAAUUAAAACACAGUAAUGAAAAAAGACAGUUAUAUACAAAGCAGCUAGCAGGCGAAAAGGGAGAUUUUAGUUUAAUUAAAUAUUUCAAAUCUACUCAAGAGGUUCAAGGUGAAGUGCAAGAAUUUAUAUUAUUCAUCACAAAUACAUUUAAGACUUCAGAAGAAACAAAAUUUAAACUAGAAGGAGAAGAGUUUUACCUGAAGGCGAUAAAAAAUACAGUUUCAGGAGACGAUUUCAACGUUUUAAGAAUUUCUGAAAAUAUAAAUUAUUAUCAUACAUUUCAAAUCGUAGAGGACGAAUGGACUAAACAAAAUCCUGAAAAAAUUCAGCAGUACCGAACAUUCUUCGAAAGCUUUCGUCUUUACACAAACCAAGAUCGUUUUGAAGCUCUUACAAAAUCAACAAUGGAUAAAUUCACUGAGAUGUUUUGCUCUAACGAAGAAACUUUCAAGAAGUACGUCGACGUCAUAUCAGAAUGGAGUAUGCGAGAUGGAAAAAAAGAAAAGCUAAGCAAAAGAAUGAUGCAACGCGUCAUCGCACUUCGUUUGCUUUCUUCUCAGAUCGAACCGUUUGUUUUUGGUUCAGUCACAGACGAAAUGAGAAUACUUCGAGAGUCUAUUUGUCUGUUCGACAUUACGUUGUUGGAAAAAAAAGGCAGCAACACAGUUAAAAAUUUGUGGGGAGACUUGGACCAAAACAUUGACCUCAAAGAACUAAACAAAGUUCGAUUACUUUAUUCCCUUUCUUUUGAUUGUAUAAGUAGUGUCGAAAAUCUGGAUGCAAAUUUGUUGACACAGUUACUAUGGCUGAUGGAGAAAAGUCCGCUUAUUGUAAAGGAACACGAAAAUAUGGAAAAAGCUAUUAAACUCUGUUCACAUGCAAAAUUCGUCAUAUUAGGUGAGGGAAAAUCUGAAGAAUGGAUGAAAGGACGCUCUGUGUUUGAAAACUUGUCCAACUUGAAACCAAAAGUCGAGUUGUAUGAAAAAGUAUUGCAAAAUUUUACCUUGUCUUUACAAGGAAAAGAAGCAAUUAAGUUAGUGACCGCUAUCGAAAAAAAUGAAGAAAUUUUCAAACAUGUUACUGUGGAAAAACUUUUAGAGAUGGCAAAUGGUCCAUACCAUAUAGAUGGACAAAAGGAAGUUUUUCCGAAUCUUUAUAUCGAUAGGUAUUUGUCAGUCAAUAUUAUAGAUACUAAAUAUUUAGAAAACGUUGAUCGAAAUACUGUUAUCAUUUUAAAUUGCGAAGGUAAUUCUCAGCAAUUGAAAUUACCUAAAAAACAUAUUCUAAUAGACACCGAGGGUUUUUUAAGUACUACAGACCUCAAAAUUUUUGAUAAUCCAAUUUUUAUAAGGAGUGAAAAAAAUUGCAGUGAUUCUGAUUUUCAGAAAAUAUGUUCUAAAGGACCAGCAUCCAAAACUGUACACUGUUUUAAACUUCUCAACGAUCAAAAUUUAGAAUUGAUUCGAAGCAAAGGAUCUGUUAAUGAACUGCGAAAUUAUAAGGUAGCUUCCAAAAACGAAAACGAAAUUUGGUCUUCCGAAUUCUGCAACAACGUAAAUCUAAUAACAGCUGACCCAGGAAUGGGCAAAACCGAGUUAACGAAGAGUCUAAAAAACAACUGUUGUGCGAGAUAUUGGACCGUGAUUCUGAGUGCUCAAGAUGUUAUGUCUUUCUUUAAAAAUUCACAAAAGUCUGAAAAAUCAGCAGACUUACAAUUCGAAACAUUUAUUUUAAACGAAAAAUAUCGAGACCUCGCUGGGUUGGAUCGAGAAUUCUUUACAAUGUGUUUAAAGAAACGAAAUGUGGUUUAUGUAUGGGACGCUCUUGAUGAAAUAUUUACUCAGUAUUUAAAUGGUACUUUAGAUUUCAUUCUUAUGUUAUCGCAGAAAGGUUUCAUUCAGUGGGUUACUGCAAGGCAACAUUUGAGAUCUUCUCUUGAAGAAAAAUUUGAUACUCUGUCAGUGGGUAUCAAUCAGCUCACCGAAGUCGAGCAAGAGGACUACAUUAAGAAACGUCUUAACAAUUUUAUUAAGCCUGUAGAUAUGAAACCAGUCAUCGACAAAAUUAAAUCCACGUUUGCAUUUACAAAACAUUUAGAUAUAUUAGGAAUCCCACUUCAAAUAUAUAUGCUUACAGAGAUAUUACUUCAAAAUAAGAAACAAUAUUUAGAGUUAUUAAAAAAUAAAUUUCUCCUGACUGACAUGUAUCAUUACUUUAUUGAAGGAAAAUUUAAGUUUUUCUAUGGAGAUAAAGUGAACGUAACCGAUCCUUUUUCGAAAGAAGAGGUAAGGAAAAAAAUUGAAGAGAAAUUAAAACAGUAUGAAAAAUUGGCGUUCAAAGCAAUAUUUCCUGAAGAUGUUUUGAAACAAUUAAAGAUAGAUUAUUCGCAAGAUAUAGAUUCUGUUUCUGAAGAUUUCGCAACUGUUGGUAUUGUCACUGGUGUGCAAAACGGCAUUCCGCAAUUUGCACAUGCUUCGUUUGCCGAAUAUUUUGUAGCCUUAUAUUUUGUUAAAAAUUUUGGAAUGGUACGCAAGGACGUAUUUUUUGAUCAAAAGUAUAAUAAUGUACGCUUCUUCUUCGACAUGUUAACUGGCAAAAAUUCGCCGGUCCACAUAGCGAUUUUAUAUAGAAAUUUUGAUGAAGUGGAGAACUUUGACGACAAAAUAAUAAAACGUAAAGAUGAAUGUGGAUGAAGUGCCUUACAUCUCAUCUGUUCUUGGGGACGAAGACAUGGGCGUUUAAAUGUACAAACCGAAUCUGGGGGUUAUGUUAUUGAGGCAAAUAGAGAGAUUAUG